CCAGAAGUGUAUAGAGAUUUUGCCAAUCCAACUGUCUACAAAACAACUAUACCACAAUGUUAAUGCUGAGGCUUGGUGUCAUCUUGGUAUUAGGCAUAUGCUUGGAAGGUCUUCAAAUCGAAGUACGCGAUGGUAUAGCUAAACGAAAAGAAAAUCAAAGAAAAGUCAGAUCAGCUGAUAAACGUCCUUGUCCAGCUGGAAUGCGUGAUGACGGUACAAGUUGUUGGAAAGAUUCAUAUGGAAGAGGAGCAGGUCGUGUCCCGGAUAAAGAAAAGUGUCCCCCUAACACACGUGACGAUGGGUUAAGCUGUUGGAUACAUAUGUAUGGGAGAGGUGCCGGUCGAUUGCCAGAUAAAACACCAUGUCCAUCUGGAAUGCGAGAUGACGGUACUAGUUGUUGGAGUGAUGCCCAUAUAUAUGGAAAGGGAUGCUGUUGCACAUUAUGGGGAUGUUGUAACAAGUGUAAGAGUGGUUACCAUGACGAUGGAUGCACCUGCAGAAAAACAAAUAUAGGCAUAAAGUUGACACUCUUCCAAAGACAAAGGUGUAAAUCGAACGAAGAGAUGACUGGACGUCUUUGUUAUCCAAAAUGCAAAGAUGGAUACCAUAGAAGUGGAUGCUGUACAUGUGUAGCAAAUGGCGGGACUGGUAUAGUGAAAACUCUAGCACAAAGGCAAAAGUGUCGUAAUGUCGAAGACAAAAACGGCGCAUUGUGUUACCCAAAAUGUAAAGCUGGUUAUAAGCCUGUAGGAUGCUGUAUUUGCGAACCAAAUGGCGGACCUGGUAUAAAGGUCACAUUACCUGAGCGACAAAGUUAAUGCAACAAUAAUGAAAUCAAACAGCAAGCCACUUGUUGGGAAAAAUGUAAAAGUGGUUACAAUGAUAAUAAUUAUGAACGCAUCUGUAAGAAAAUUUA